GCAGAUCGAAAAGCACGGAUGAUGUUUUUGUCGUGGAGGGGACAUUUUUAACAUUGAAUUCAAUGGUUUUAUUCCUUCAUUUUAUUGAAAUCACCCAUCAGACUGGCUUUACACCAAACAACAGGAGAAGUACAGCUACUUUGUUGACAGAAAUCGCCAGAGAGAAGUGAGAAAAUAAGGCAUUUCGCAACACUUCUGCGGUCACAACAGAACAAAGCAGAGCACCCACCUUCGCUCGCGCCAAGUCCGUCUCAUCAAAACAACAUUUUUUUCAUUCCAUAAUUCCAGCAAUUUUGCAAACAUGAAGGACGAAAUAGCAGCAGCAGUUGUCUUUCUGACACGACUCAUCAACCUCAAACGUACUUUCACCACAGAGCAGAUGUCAAAACUGUCGGAAAAUCUAGUCUCAAGUCUAAUCGAAAAGUUCCGAAACCAUUGGUACGAAGAGAAACCAAGCAAAGGGCAGGCUUUUAGGUGUAUCAGAAUCGCAAAGGAAGAACCGAGGGACGCAGUUUUGGCGAGAGCUGCGAAGAAAAGUGGUCUGAAAUACGAUGAUAUGAGCCUACCAACAGAUUUCACAUUAUGGGUGGACCCACUAGAAGUUGUUUGCAGGUUUGGAGAGAAAGGAACAAUCUGUCCAAUCGCAGAAUUCCCAAAGAAGACGAAACCUGUCAAUGAUAAUGAGCCACCGCAACCGUCCUCGACACAAUCAAGUGACGAUAACGGUAACGUAGACACCAACGCAAACCCUAAAUCUGUCGUUGAUUCCAUCCACGAAGUCCUUCAAAAUCAUCCCACAACUGUCAACGAUAACGCUAUUCAUACUGCUGGUCAACGACGAGGUCGCAAGCAGAGAGCGAAGAACAAUUAUUACAUGAAUAACGCCAUCAAUGCAGAGAAGGACUGGCCCGCUCUAUCCGUCUCCAGAGACCAAUACCAUUGGGUGAAUAAAUCGUUGGCGGUAAAUGCAUAGCUAGAUUUCUUCAAAACUAUGGAUUUUUUAAGGUAAAAAUCAAUGCCAAAUUGAACAUGAAAUUUUGAAAACAGUAGUACGGACUUGAUGACAGCCUUUCUUAAUGAGAGUCAUUUUCUUUUUAAAUAAUGUCUAUUUUUUGUGAUCUUUGUAAGACUUGCCAAAGUUUGAAAAAUGGGUAAUUUGACUGUUUUUAAGAAUUUAAACACUAAUAUUCUGAUCUAUGCUCAUAAAAUAUUAUGGUGCGUUUAAUAUUGUGUAUAGAAAUAUUAAUUUUUUUAUUAGUGCUCUGACAAUAGUUUGAUACUUGAAAUACAAUUGUAAUUAUAACAUUUUGUACUUGCGAUUCUAGGAAAAAUACCAAUCAGGAACUCAAAAAAGUUACACCAUAGGUUAGAACUUGUUAAAAUCUUAUGGUAUUUAGUUUUAAGUUUUGGAUUGAUUUUCAUUUUUGUCACAAAUUGCAUUUCAAUACUUGAAGCAGUCCUUAAAAGAUAACAAGCUAAAUUCACCUCCCUUCUUCACAACAAAGUAUGCCAGCAUGUCGGCAAAGAAUUGUACACCACCUACUUGGACGAAGAAGCCAUUGGCAUCUUACAGUAAAAUCAUGUUCAUUGUACAUGUUUUGCUAGAUUGAAGAUGGUUGUGUAGGCCUCAAGUCCGGGUCACACUGCAUCGAUAACAAAAAAGAUAACGAUCACGACGCACAGAGAUCGCAUUCUGUUGGUUCAGGUUGAAUUGCUCAACGCAGAAUACGCACACGCUCAAUCAACUAAUAUAAUGCGUUCUCUUUGUGUCGUUAUCGUUAACGCUGCAGUGGGACUUGGCCUUUACAUAUACAUGUACAUGAACUUAUGAGCAGGGCCCAACUUCAUGAAGCUGUUAGAAGCAGAAAUUUUUAGAAGCAAAAAAAAUUAAACAGGUGGCAGUUGCAGCAAUUGUAACUGUAUGGCAUUCUGACUGGUAACCUAAAGAAAUUUGCUCAGCAAGAAAUGAAUGGGGUACCAAUGGCAGCAAUGGUAACUGCAUGGUUUCAUGGCUGGUAACCUAUUUCUGCUAAGCAAAAUUUGUUUUUGCUAAGCAAGUUGAACAUCAGGCUUUAUGUCAUUGGGCCAAAAAUCUUUGUGUUUUGUGGGGAGGCAAGACAGCAAAUAUUUUACUUUCCACCAACUUGGGAAAAAAAAAAACUCAAAUCAGCUGUGUCCAAUCACCAGUGAAGACUUUAUUCUUGGCACUUGUCAUCAUGAAACAGUCGCGAUAAGUUCAGCUUCCCACGUUCUCUCGCGGGAUUGCGUGACUCAUCAGCGUUAAAAGUUCUCCACCCUCUUUCAGUCUUUACUUAUAUAAAUGACGGUCAAAUUGGAUUCCACUUACUUCCUUAUUGCGUUACCUAGACACUUUCUUAUGGAGCUUUGCUUCUUAUACAACCCCUUGAAAGAAAAUAACUUCAGAACGGGGAGGAAAAAAAUGAUUGAUCUAGGUCCUCCUGGUGGCCGGCAGUUAGCUGUUUGUUAGAACGGAAGUCAAAAUCUCCCAAAGGCUUAUGUCUUAAAUUAGACUGGUACUGUUUACUGAUGAAACAGCAUUACAAUCUCAAUAGUGUUUUUUAUUACACCAACAAUAAGGAAUGUUGACAUCCAACUUGAUCAAUGGUAUUGUUGGCAGUUCAUAAAAAGAAUGUUUUCAUGGAGUUUGUUUUCCGAAAUUAGUUAACGCAUGCAUGUGAGUUAGUCACUCUGGUGGGGAAAUUGGACUAAUUUAUAAUUAUUCAGCUCUUAUUUAGUCGCAUUUUCUUGUCUUGUUUACAAUUUAAGUCAAGAAAAAAAUGUUAUGUUCGGGCUUUCUUGAAUUUAGGAGUCCAUUCCUAGAAACAUCCAGGUCUCGGCCUAUAUUGAAUCAAUGUUCAGAAGUUGGGAUGCCGGAUUAAUUAAUUGAUGCACCAUUUUGUGUAUAACAAAAUUUGAAAUGAUGGUUCUCUCGACAGUCUAAAAAAAAACUUACAACAAUCUGAACAUUUUUAACUGAUGAUUAUGCAAAUAUCAUGCAAUUUUUGUACAUUAAGAUAAUUUUAAAAAACUGCACAAAAAUAUUCCCCCUAAAAUAACAAUGGUUGGAUCCUAAGUGUAAAUAGGUUUUCGUACAAGAAGAACUGAUCAUUUGUUAUUUUAGGGGAUGUGCGAUUGUAUUUCAAUUGUCAGAUUAUGAAGGGCCUGACAGUAGAAAAUCUUGUGUGGCUGUUAAACUAAUACUGCUGGGCAGAUUUUCUAUUACUGAGGUUCUUUAAACAGUAUUACUUUUAUAAAGAUCACAAUAUUUUUGAACAGUAAAGAAAUUCUUUGUAAAAAAGUUCAACAAUUUAAAGUCUUGGUUGUGCAAUAUUAAUAUCUAUGCUGAGCAUUUUGUAUAUUGUGAUCUGACUUGGCGUUUUACAGUAAAAGUUAAAGUUUGAAAAAAAAAAACUGGAAAAAAAA